AUGACAGAUGGAGGAAUUCAUAAUUCUUCAUUUUUUGAAGAGUUUUCAUCUCCUUCCAAUUCACUGUCAGGAUCAUCUUCUUUUAUUAAUUCAAUACAACAACAACAACAACAACAACAACAAUCACUAAGUCACAGUCCAAUAAUACGGAGUCCAGUACCUCAAUUAAUAAAUACUAACAACACCUCUUCAGAUUGCUUACCCAGUACUCCCAAUUUAAUAAUCAAAAAAUCAAUGGAUUUAUCUACAAGUCUAUUACAAGAAAAUUCCAUACAAUCAUCUAAUCAUCCAAUAACGUCAACACCAUCUUCAACUACCAAGAAAGUAAAUGCAUCAUUCAAUUCAACAACAUCAAGUCCAUUUAUAACCAAUCCUGAGUCGCGUCUAAUAGAACUGCCAUUCUAUGAUCUGGCCAAUCAUGUUAAUCAAUCAAUAGCUUCUUCACAACCAGCAUCAAGAUUAACACCCAAAUUGCAAAGAACAAACAGUAGAAACAGCAAUGCUUCAAUUAAUAAUUCAUUAGCUGAAUCGCUUAAUAGACUAAAUAUUGCAACAAGUGGAGUAACUGCAACAGUAACUACAUCCCCACCAACCGUCACCAUUAAUUCAUCGACUACAGUAUCAUCAACCCCGAGUGGUACAGGUAAGGCAGGAACAAGAACAACAACGCCAGCAGACGCAGAUAAGACAAGAUCAAGAGCUUCAACACCGGCAGACAGCGUCAAAACAGGGGUAACAACAUCGAGGCCCGGGAGCAGUAUUCGAGGGAGCUCAUACAAUUAUUCAACAGUUACUGGUACCCCACGUAAAAACUCAUUUCAUUAUUCUACACUCAAUACUGCAAAUAAUACUACGCGAUAUACCCAAGAUUUCGAUGACGAUGAAGCGGAUGAUGUUUAUAAUCUAACAAAUCUAGGAAACAGCAGCAAUGGCAACGUCAAUCACCAAUCUUCGCCAUUCAUAUCGCCUACACAUGCGAGAGCCCCAUCUUCAGUGGCGACCACCACUUCAAAAUCUACAAGUAAUCAUAAUCAGAAUGCUCCAUGGAGACAUUUCCGUACUCCAUCAGCAGCAACCACCGUCCCGACUUUACCUACAUCAACAUCAGCAGGCACCAAUACAGGCUCGCCUCGCUUCUCAAGAGUGUUUCCCACAAAAUAUAGUAAUUUCCACCCAGUGGGUACAUAUUCUAAAAUUGAUGAAUUAAAUCAAGAAAUAUUGGGAUAUAGAAUUCAGAUUGAUUUAUAUAGGCAAUUUUUACAGGAAUUGAUAGAUAAAUAUCAAUUCGAAUUUUCCAGUGAGGAUCAGCUUCCUCCAGGAUUAACAGGUAAUCUCCGAAGAGGAAGCAGUAGCAGUGGAGAUGCGACGAUGUUGGGGAUAAAAAUAUCUUCGAGUCGAACUGAUUAUGAGAAUCUAUUGAAGGAUUAUAAUGAGAUCUAUGCCCUUAAUCAGGAUUUAUUUAUCAAUCUUAAAGAUUUUGAACUGAAGAUUGGUGAGAAGGAAGGAGAAUUGGCAGAAGUGAAUCGAUAUCUUGAUGUAUGUGAGGCGGUUAUUGAUGCUAUAUUGAGAGAGAUUAUGAGUAGAGAAGUUGAACAAGGGGGUGAAGGGGGGAAGCUUAUGCGGGAAGAGGUGAUGAGAUAUUCUAUGGAGGACAAAUUGAAGGUGAUUAGACUGGAGUUGAGUGAUACAUUGGCGUUGUAUGAACAACGACAGCUGCAAUUGCAGUUGCAAUUAGACGAACAGGAGAAGGAAUAUCAGAUACAAUUGGAAGAACAUCGUCAGAUACAACAAGGAUAUCAGCAACAACAACUACAACAACAGAGAGACGCAAUCCCUCUGGAAUCAAAUGAGAAAUAUAUGGAUACUAUUUCGCAAUUGAUUGGGUUAGUGGAUAAAUUGGAAACAGAACUCAGAUUACAUAAAACCGAAUCAGAUAGCUUACAACAAGAAUUAAAGUUUGCUCUUGAAGAUAAUGGAAACAUUAAACAGAAUCUCUUACAAAUAAGUGACAAGUUUCAACUAUUAAAGCAAACAUAUCAAGAAUUAGAAAAUGUGAAACAGGAGAAUCAGAAACAUAUCCAGACUAUAUCCCAAUAUGAAACAAAAAUCCAUCAACUUGAAAGUAGGUCCACCAGCGAAGUUAAUCUUCCCUUAAACCGUAGUUCCAUAAGCAUUCCUGACGAGAAUUUGAUGGCGGAAUAUCUUGAUCUUAAAACACGAUAUAAUAAAGUAUGUUCUGAUUUAACAGAACAAGAGAAAUUAACAAAAGAAUCUAUAUCCAAUCAAACUAACCUCAGUUCUAAAUUUCAAGAGAAAGCAAACGAGCUUCGUCAAUUAUGGUCCAAAAAUAAUGAACUUCAGAAUGAACUAGCCAAUUCCUUAAAUAAGCAACGAAAAUUUAAUACUGAACGAAUCCAAUUUUCUCAUUCUGUGGAAUCUCUUAAGAAAGAUAAUACAUUAUUGCGAUCCAAGAUUGCAAAAUUGACAGAUUUGAUUUCUUUGAAUGUUGAUUCUACCGAUUCUGAAGAAAUUGGGAAAAAAUUAACUAUAUUAGAUAUGCAAUUUAAGGGAUUAUUAAAUUAUGAUAUUGAAAAAUUUUCAAAUUUAAUUAAAUCAUUUAAUAAAAUUGCUGAUGAUAAUAGUAUAAAAGAUCCAAAAUCAAAAUAUGAAAAGUUGAUUGCAAAAUUAGGAGAUAAUGAUCAGAAUAAACUUAAUAAUAAUGAUUUGAAUUAUAUUCGUGAAAUUCAUAAAUCAAUAUUUGAAUAUUUUAUAAGAGCAGUUGAUAUCUUAGUCAAUGAUCAUGUUCGUCUAUUAUUACAAGAGAAUGAAACUAAAAGUGAUAGUGUCCGGGUUAGACAACAAACCAAACGUGUUGAGGAAUUGCAAAAUGAGAAUGAGAACUUACGUGCUGAAAUCGAGAGAUUGAAUCUGGAAGAUAUAGAUUCAGUAACUAGGUUAAGAAUGAAUGAUUUGAGAAAUAAAUGGAAAGCAGAAAGAGAAAGACGGGUAUUGGAAGACGAGGAGGCUACUAGAAGGUAUAGGGAAUUGGAAAAAGAGAACGCCAGGUUGCUAAGGAUCGUUCAGCAACAACAGCAUUAA